AUGGCGGCCGCGGGAAUUCGAUUUUUGCGCUCUCGGCCGAGGUACAUUGGCGCUGGAUUAGAUGUGUUGAUGUGGAGUAGGCUAGCUCUGGUGGCGCUGGCGCGGGGCCCAAGAUUGAAGAGCUGA